AACGUCGGUCACCUCAUCUCACUGCCAACCUUUAAACAGAUUUUUCUGGCCACAUUCUAUUCGAAUCGACGCAGCUCAGCUCAGAGAAGCGUCUGUCCUGCAUUUCCCACUUGCAAACACGCGCGCGCGCGCGCCACGAGUUCGUGACCUCAGUCCUCAACAAUGUCCUCCUCCAGCUUGUCCGCAUCGGACAUCCAACCUCAAGCCCUCUCCUCUCUCUUCAAUUCUUUAAAUGAGGCGUGGAUACGAGCGACGUCGAGCGGAAGCGUAGUGCGACCUUCGAGCACAUUGGUGCUGUUGCCCGACGGAAGACCAGCGCCGUCAGAAGCAGGGGACGGGGCUGGCGAAGUCGGAAGGCUCGGCGUGAACUGGAGAGUACGUUGCGUACCUUCGCUCGGGGAGAAGGCGCGAGCAAAAGCUCAAGCGCAAGCGCAAGCGCAGGCGCAGGCGGAAGGUGCAAGCAGCGUCGACUCUACGACGGUGGGAAAAGACGUCUUUGCGCCACCUUAUGAUGCCAAUCUGUUUGUCUGGUCCGACGAAUCCCACGUCGUCCUGCUCAACAAGUACGCUCUGGUACCCAGACACUUCUUGCUCGUCCCAAAGGAAUUCGCUUCGCAAAACUUGCCGCCGACGCCUGGCAUGCUGGCUUUGACCUACCAAAUCUUGCGUCAAGAUGCGCAGUCACACACCAUCCUCUCCUCUGAUUUCGCCUCCACUUCCACUUCCACUUCCACUUCCACACUGACUCCCGCGGAGAGUGAGCGGGAGAAGGAUGGUGAAUUGUUCGCAUUUUAUAAUUGUGGAAAUUUGAGCGGAGCUAGCCAAAGGAGAAGUCAUGUGCAGUUCUUGCGCAGCGGACUCGAGGGCCAAGAGGAGCUUGGAGAGAGGGGAGAGGGUAGAGUUCCCAUCGAGAAUUUGCUGAGUCUCUGUGUCGAGGAGCAUCAAGGCAAGGAUGACACGGUCUUCGCUCUUCCACUGCCUUAUCAGCACUUUGUAGCUCUUCUAUCUCCUCCUUCAUCCUCUCAAAGCGGCGCGCUGCAAUCGUACCUGAUGCGAAAACUCUUUGGUCUGCUAGAAGCCAUGCAGCAAGCCCGUUUUGCAGCCCUCGAUCAACAAACCUCUUCCUCCCAAGGUACCUUGUCCCCCUCGCAAUCAGGAGCGACCCAAAAUGGACCACCGAGCUACAACCUCUUGAUGAGCACCAGAGCUAUGCACCUCAUUCCUCGCAGCAAGGAAGUUUUCGAGCUCAAAGUGGAAGAAGAUGGGAAAGAGCAUCAGGCGGAAUUGAGCAUCAAUUCCAUGGCAUACGCGGGCCAUCUGCUCGCGAAAAGUCGAGCGGAGCUCUUGGCGCUGCAAAGCUUGCCCGGAGGUGCUUUGCAAGUCCUGAGCAGGACAGGCAUCGCGGGCGUCAAGGACGUCACGACGGCGCUUGCUGAAGAGGGCACGCUCGCCACAAAGGAAUGAACGAUGGCAGGGACUUGAAGAGCGGGGGCGGAAACUUUUGAGGGGCUUGGUUGCAGACACCAGCUGAGAUGGCUUCUCGUGCGUCGUUUGAACUCCCUGUCUGGAAAUGCGAUGAUCUGGGCGGCCUCUUGUGCGUGCAGCCCCCAAGGCAUCGGCCCCAUCAAGACAUUUUAACGGUCUGAUUGCGUCUGUUUAGGUCUUACUAUUACAGUGAAAGUCAAAGUAGUCUGGGACGGUGCAACAGGGUAUUCAUUGUUACCUCCUGACCAAUCUCCCCACCAUAUCCUUCUCUCUGCUUCUCCGAUUCAUCAGGUCGCUCUCGCUCGGUCCUCUACCCGCAUGCCACUUGGUCAACCUUUCCAGCACACCAGCCAACUUGACCGCUUGAACCGCUGGAUACUUUGAGCUUCUUGAUCGAGCGUCGCCCACAUAAUCUGACACCGCAUC